AUGUUCACAGACCAAUUUGUGCUAGACGCUUUUGAAGACAUAGACGCAAAGCUGGAGCUCGCGCUCCAGCAGUCUUCGUUCGUGGGCCAAGACCACAGUAGCAGCAACAGCGAUCAGUUGAAGAAGCUGCAGGACCAGCUGUGGCUCGUGAAAAACGAGGUGGUGGCCUUGACCGCGAGCCUUCGCCAGAGACGCGUCCGCCUCCCCAACAUCAAGCUCUUGAAGUCUGUUCUCGAGUCCCUCCAAGAGGAUGCGCCCUCCGAUUUCGUCGCCGUCUCCGACAACGUGGAAGGCCCAGUGCGGGCGGCUAUCAUCCAGUACGUCACCGUCUGCCUUUAUUACUGCGUCGUGCAAAAGUCACUCGACCAGCUGCCGCUGGUGCACGACACGGCACAGUACUACUCCGAGAUCCACGAUAGCACGCGCUGGUCACUUCUCUAUGCCCUGCAGGUCGCACCACAACGCCUGGUCCACGAGGCCAAUGCCGUCAAAAACGACGUCUCACGAAGCGCCUCUUGGCGGGCAAUGGGGUCUCUGGAGGCUCGCUCGAUCGGGACGGCCUGGUACCAUAGGCUGGUGGAGCAGUGCAGGAAGAUGGUUAUGGUCCACAACUUCCAGCUUGUUGGGGUUCCCCGCGAUGCAAAAAAAGUUGUUUCCUCCCUGUGGGCGCUGCCGCUGGCGGCCGUGCGCGAUGAAGUAGGAACCCGCCGGCAGGCGGCUGACACGCUUUUCAAUAGUACGGCGUCCCGGCUUGGCGCGUUGAUGACGCAGUUCCCUGCCACCCGUGACACCGAGGCCCGCGUCGCCCUUCUCUCCACAUUUUUUAACCAUAGUCGCGCGAGCUCUCCUGGCGGUUCCGAAAAAGCGCUCCUCGCCGUAAUGCCCGAAGUAAUGACACUGGCGCCAGCCUCCAAAAUACAGGCGCCAGGAUUCCUCACCCGGUAUUGGCCUACAUUGCUAUGCUCACUGGCCUAUGGGCCUUCCUCAGCGUUCGCUUUGUGGCAGUCCAGGGAUAAAAUCCUUCAGUUCUUCCAGGAGAACGUUGUCGACUUUUGCGCGGGUUUGAUUCAAAAUUGGAUUUGGACACCCCUCCAGCAAGUGUGGAGCACUGUUCGUCACGAUGAAUCCCAGCCGUCGAUCGCAGUUGCUUCCAAGGGCUCUCUAGACUCUGAGUUUAGCUCUUUGACAAGAAUGGUAGUCCAGUUGGUAGCAGAAAACUCAGAUGGCCACGUCAACACUGACGCCUUAGCGGUGCAGGUGGAAAACGGGGAUCUCACAGAGUUUAUGCAAAUAUAUGAGCGUCAAAUCCACCACCCGGUUAAGAACAUUUUGACCGGGAAACUUGUGCGCUCUUUGUUGAUACAAAUCCAAAAGACCAAAGUAGAUGCAUCAUUGGCACUAAAUGGUAUCGACAAACUGCUAUCUUCGCAGCAACUUGUCUUUGGGGUUGUGGCUAUGUCUCCCGCCCUAUUGAUAGUCUACAGCAUCUGGACGUGCAUCUACCGUUUGAGCAAACUCGGCCGCAUCUGGUCGAACGUUGCUCAAUUCAGAUUCAGACUCAUGUCCAGCAUGAACAAUAUCGAGAGACUUUUAAACUAUAAUGUCUCUGAAAUCGAAAGCUCUGACAAAGAUCUUAACACUGGUUUGUUAGCAUUGGAAGUGGUGUCUGCCCGGCGCUACGGUGAAAAGCUAGUGCCCAAGAAAUACAGGGGCCAAUGGACCAGGGAUGUUGGCGAGCUCGUCGACCCAGGUCUAAACAACACAGCCCGGUUAAACGUAGUGAACAGAAUUUAUCAUGUGUACGGCAGGUACCUCUGA